CGUGCAACAAUAUCAGAUCAAAUAUCAGAGUUGCGACUACAGUGUAACAGUGUAAUUUUGCUAAUAAUGAUUUCGAUUUUAUUUGUAAUUUUAUUCGUAAUAAGGUUCGGUAAUAUAGAUAUCUAGUCUUAAAAUCGGUAUUUGUAAAUACCGGCAGAAGUAAUGAAAAUUAUUAUUUACUAUAAAAUUUAUUAUAAUUACAAGCAUAAUUACACAUAACACAAUUACGUAUCACAACCCAUCUUCUACUAAAAGUUUCAGAACAUACACUCUAAAAGUUGGGGACACGAAUGAGUCAUUGCAUGCACACCAUCCACUUCACACGAUAUCAACCAGCAAUUUUCAAGAGCAUAUACUUUCAUACUAUUCUAAAACAAGUUCUGCCGACUAGGCAAAUCGAUUAAUUGAACAAACACCUAAAAAACACGCGCAAGCGUUGCACUGCUCCCCCCAUUGAUGCACGGCUACUUUCUAACAACAGCUUCAUUUCGCGAUGACGAACGAACCAGUGAUCACAGAAGGCGACAGCAACAGCAACAGUGACUACAGUCUUCAAUUGAAUCGAUGGUUCUUAAAACCGAUUGGUGCAUGGCCAUCGUCUCCAUCCACCACAAGACUGGAAAAGAUUGUUUCAUUUGUUUUAAACAUCAUUUGCUUCACCUCCGUAAUCGUCACUGCGAUUCCUAGUCUGUUACUAAUGAUUCUAGAAGAUGAAAGCAUUUACAUGAAACUGAAGACACUGGGACCUGUCAGUCAUUGGUUCGUCAGCAGCGCCAAUUACACGGCUUUGUUAAUACGCGGCAGGGACAUACGACAUUGCGUGGAACACAUUGAAGCUGACUGGCGAACAGUGACUAGGGAGGAGGAUCAACACGUGAUGAUGAAGAACGCGAAAUUUGGUCGCUAUGUAGCUGCUUCGUGCGCCGUUUUCAUGCAGGCUGGCGUUUUGUGCUUUUGCUUUGUGACAGCGUUAACUACAACCGAGAUUCAAAUUGGAAACGAGACGAGGGUCUUACACGUGUUACCUUGUGCAGUAUACAAGAAGUUGGUGAACGUCGAUGAAAGUCCAGCAAACGAAAUCAUGCUUUUUUUACAAAUUUGGGCCGCUCUUAUCGCGAACUCUAGUACGGUUGGAAUUUUUAGUCUCGCAGCUGUGCUAGCUGCUCACGCGUGUGGUCAAUUAGACGUAAUUAUGAUGUGGAUUACUAAAUUUGUUAAGGAAGCAAGAGAGCAAAAGGAAACUAGUAGUUUUCGGAAAAUUGGAGUAAUCGUAGAGCGACACCUGAGGACGUUGAAUUUUAUCUCGUGCAUCGAGGAUGUGAUGAACAGAAUAUAUUUUUUGGAGAUGUUCAGGUGUACGAUGGAUAUAUGUGUAAUUGGCUACUAUAUUCUUUCGGAAUGGGCUGACCGCGAUAUUCAGAAUUUAUCUACGUAUUUUAUGAUGCUCAUUUCAAUCUGUUUUAAUAUUUUCGUAAUAUGCUACAUCGGUGAAAUAUUGACAGAACAGUGCCAAAAGGUUGGGGAGGUGGUUUAUAUGACAAACUGGUAUUAUUUACCCGAUAAAAUAAUCCUCGACCUGAUUUUGAUCAUCGCGCGAUCGAGCAUGGUCGUUCAUAUCACAGCUGGAAAAUUGGUUCACAUGUCUGUAUACACAUUCGGUGAUGUAUGUCAAUUUGUCUUUUGUAUUUACUCUCCUGUAUAUGUAUGUCCGCACACGUGAAAUAUUUUGUUGUUACAGGUGGUAAAGACUGGUUUCGCAUAUUUGAACCUGUUACGACAAAUGACGUGAUUAAAUUUUGACGGAUUUAACGAUUUUGUCGGAUUUUCUAUUUGAAUAUUUCUGUAGGUGAUGUAAAAUUUGAAAUACAAUACAAAUUUGAAUACAGUGGUAACACAAUCACGAUUAAUAUUUUUUGUCAGUAGAAUACGAUGUGCUAUAUUUGAGAUUUUUUAACCUUUGAGCU